AUGACAACCGAAAUCGCCUUCGCCAAAUCCUUCCUCGCACUGCUCGACUCGAAGCCGAACAAGAUCUCGGCUGACCACAUCGAGGAUCCGCGGAGCUAUCCUGGUGUUUCUCCCUAUACCCUCCCCCGCCACCCCUCCCUCCCAACCCCGAAACGUCCCCGCCUCUCAAGCCCACCCUCUUCUUCCUCUGACCUUCCGGCUCCCCCCGCCCCUGUUGUUCCUCGACCCGCCGGCAUAACUGUAACACUCGUUUCCCCGCGCAACCCCCCCUUCACCCUGUCCCUCUCGGGAUGCUCCCCCUCCACGACUUCCGUCUCAGACCUGAAAGAUUAUAUCGUGUCUGAGACGGAUUUGCCAAGGGAGAAGGUCAAGGUGUUGUAUAACAAAAAGCCUAUUGUCGACAGCAAGGUUCUCAAAGACUUUAUUCCUGCCGAGGUGCUGCAGAGGGUUGAGCAGGAGGGAGGGGAGGUGGAGGUGGGGGUUAUGGUGUUGGGUGGGCCGGCUAGUAUCACGCUCAAGAGUCGGCAGCAACCACAGGAGCAGAAGCCCGCUGAGGAGAAGAAGGAGGGAGGAGGGGAGAAGCAGGAAGAGAAGGCGACGGUCGAAACUGUCACGAAGGAUGUCGAUCGUAUGGAGGUCGAUGAUCCGAUUACCACUGCCACCAAACCCAAGAACAACAGCACGAGUGGCGCAGGGGUGUUGCAAACGGAGGAAUUUUGGACAGACUUGGCGACGUGGGUGCAGCAGCGGGUUGGAGGGGACGAGGGGGUUACGAAGGAGGUGAUUGAGGUGUUUAGGGAAGCUUGGGGGAAGAGGAAUUAG